UGAGCGAUGGCCUCGGCGGACAGCGAGGUGAAGACCCUCCUCAACUUCGUCAACCUGGCCUCGAGCGACAUCAAGGCCGCCCUGGACAAGUCGGCGCCCUGCCGCCGCUCCGUCGACCACCGCAAGUACCUGCAGAAGCAGCUCAAGCGCUUCUCGCAGCGGUGCGGGGCCCGCCUGCCCCGCGGCCGCCACCACCACCACCACCACCACCACCCCCCGCCGACGCCCGCCAGGCCGCCUGAGGAGAGGCCGCGAGGCCCGGCCGCCCCCAGCGCGCCCCCGCCCGCCGGCCCGAGCCGCCAGGCCUGCAAGGCCGCCGAGGAGCCCGCCGGCCGCAGCGCUCCCGACGCCCCCGCCAGGCCCGACCAAGUGCCCAUGAGGAAAAGGCAGCUGCCCGCCUCCUUCUGGGAAGAGCCCCGGCCGGCCUUCCCCGCGGCCUCCUCCUCCGAGGACCUGCCCCUGUACGAGGGGAAGAAGAGGACGAAAGCGCCCGGCGGCGGCGGCGGCGACCAGGCCGCAGCCCCCAGCGGGCCCGAGGCGGAGGCCGCCAAGGGGCUGAGCGCCUGGGGCUGCUGCCCUUUCCAGUACCACGGACCGCAGGCCUCCAACGGCGUCUACCCGCCGCCCCUCGCCGCCGCCGCCCCUUUCCCGGCCUUGGGCCUGUGGCGGAAAAGCGCGGCCUGCUCCACGGGCGGCGGGGAGGCCCAGAAGGUGCACCGGCCCGUCGUGUGGAAACCCAUCCCCACCAAGCCGCCCCCCGUCUUCGGCGUCUUCGGGUACAUUUAG